AUGUGGCGUCGCCGCUCUCAUAUAUCACACAACACCCAGCAAUUAGGGGCACGCCCCCCACCCCGCCCCCCUCGAUCACACUUAGAGUCAGCAGCAAUGAGGAGCCUGAACGAUGCUGAGUCACCAGGCAGCGACCACACCAGGUGGCGACCACACCAGGCAGCGACCACACCAGGCAGCGACCACACCAGGCGACGACCACACCAGGCGGCGACCACACCAGGCGGCGACCACACCAGGCGGCGACCACACCAGGCGGCGACCACACCAGGCGGCGACCACACCAGGCGACGAUCACACCAGGCGACGACCACACCAGGCGACGACCACACCAGGCGACGACCACACCAGGCAGAGACCACACCAGGCAGCGACCACACCAGGCAGCGACCACACCAGGCAGCGACCACACCAGGCGGCGACCACACCAGGCGGCGACCACACCAGGCGGCGACCACACCAGGUGGCGACCACACCAGGCGACGACCACACCAGGUGGCGACCACACCAGGUGGCGACCACACCAGGCGGCGACCACACCAGGCGGCGACCACACCAGGCAGCGACCACACCAGGCGACGACCACACCAGGCGGCGACCACACCAGGCGGCGACCACACCAGGCAGCGACCACACCAGGUGGCGACCACACCAGGCGACGACCACACCAGGUGGCGACCACACCAGGCGGCGACCACACCAGGCGGCGACCACACCAGGCAGCGACCACACUAG